GUAGUUACGCAAAAUACGUCCACUGCGCACGAGUAGCUCUGUUGUUUAAAUUUCGCACGGACCGCUCAAACAUAAAGGGGUGGAGACGAACAAAGUAUAUUUUUGUGGAAUAAAAUAAUUCAGCCUUGCAGAGUUCACAGAUGCACCCACUGACUGCAAGUCCAUCGUGUGGAUAUUACCAUCAUUGACCAAGCAGCCUUAUACAUUUUCAUAUUCUUAUUUUUCUCAUUUAUUUUCAGUAUACAUAAUUUGUACAUUUGUAUUUUUUCUAUUUUUUUUCUGGACCAAAUUGACCACAGUCCUGUAAUGAAUACAUGACACAGUAAGCACUGUUAUGUAACAGUAAGACAGCAACACUGAAACUCUUACAAAUGGAUAAUGAGUAACAAACUCAGACUUAAAAGGAUCUAAAGUUCAACACUGUACUUUGUGAACAGCUACAACUCCAUGAAUGAGUUGACUGACCAAGAGCCUUACUUUUCUACACGUGACCCUUCCUGACUUUAUACCAACAGUUCUCAUUGCACGCACCCACCCACCUACAUCCACCCAAACACAAAUGAAGAUGCUCACCACCAUGACAUACCGGAUGCCCAACUUCACGCUGGAGCAGAAGCUCUACCUCCUACAGAAAAUCCACAGCGUAGUGGAUGCUGUGCAGGACUUCCGCAAAGACACCAACACCACUGUGUACCGCAACGCUGUGUGGGCUGAACUGGCGAAGGCCUUCAAUGAGGCCUUCCCCAACCGGCCACCCAGCAGUGUGAGCUCCCUUAAGACGCUGUGGAAGAGGCUGAAGGUGGAGUGCCGCGUGGCGCUGCAGAGGCGUCAGGAACAGCAGGCAGCUGGAAUGCCGCUCACUGCCCUCACACAGGUGCAGCGGGAGGUGAUGGCUUUGGUGCCAAACCUGAUCUCCAACUUGGAGGACUUGGAUGGAGAUGGCAGUUACUGCUCAGUCACAAACAGCUCACCUGGUCCCGUGACUGGAGGCACCAAUGGAAAUGAGCCAGAAGAUUUGGACCAAAAUGAUGAACUUGAGAGUAAAGAGCUCGUAGCCAUCGAUGUUGGCUUGGCCUCUCCCAUCGAACACCCACAGAACUCUGCAACGUCUCCUGGCCCCGCCCCCUCCUCCCCAUCGCAUCAGUUCCACACCCAUUCCACUUCCAGGGCUGCCUCCCUUUGCUCCUCCCUCUUUUACCCCGGCCAGUCCAGAGCCGGCUCAGGUUUGGGGUCUGGGUCAAGGGGCUUGACCUUUGACCCCCCACGCAGAGUGUCAGCAGCAGCGCCUCAUAUCUCGCCGCCGGCAGAGAACUCGUUUGCAUUUGCGGACGCUCGUGUGCUCGACUCGGCAGGCUGGGAUGCACGCAGGCAGGAGGCGCUGGAGCAGGAGCACCAGCAGACCAUGAGCCUUCUUCUGCUGCAGCAGUGUGUGUGGGAGGAGAAGAGGAGAGCAGCCAGGCAGAAGGAGAAAGCAGCUCGGGCCAAGAAACGCUACUACCAGGCCAAACUGCGCAAGCUGGGGGGUGAAGUGCAAAUCUCCAGCAGCGACAGUGAUGAGGAGCAUCCCCAGACGUGAUGUUCGGCCUCAAGAACUUUCCAGUCGGAAACGUUCAAGAACGUUAGUCGUUUGUGUUUUUUUAAUCUAUUGAUGCUUUUUUAUUUUCCUAUGAAAACAGAAGAUUUUAUUUUUGAGUAACCAUGUGUUUUGGAGUGCGUCCCGUGUGUUUCGGAGUGUCUUUUAAUGUACGUCCUUUCUGUCAUUUAUGUGGAUCAUAUCACUGAAGAUACUCAACCUGUUCCAAAUGCUCUAAAGCCUCCUCUUCUCCUUCGCUCCUCUACCUCAAUAGAUGUUCCAGUUCAGAUAGCUCCAGGUUCAACACAAAAUACCUUUAAUGUCUACUGAGAUAUUCUCAGUUCUUUCUGUUUGCUGAUAUGGGGGUUUUAAGGGCUGACAAUUGACAUAAUACUGAUACUGCAUUUCAUUAUGUAUUGUGGUUUAGAGUUUACAAAAUGGAAUCGAAUGACGUUGUACGCAGUGCAAACUUCUAGAUGGAACUGUCUCAAUUUUGCUUUCAGUGUUUAGCAAGAGGGCAAGAAGACGAGAGGACUGUAUGUUAGAGCUUUGUAAUGGGAAUUCAAGUAGGUUGUAAGUCAGUGUAGUUAUUCUUUCUCAGGUAUAUUUCGCUGGACAAUUGGCUGCUGGAAGAAGGACUAAAAAAGCCUGUAAAAGCAGGAAAACCUCAAACUGAUGCUGAAAUCGUUGAACGUUAAAGGGAUACUCCGGCCAAAAUGAAAAAUUUUGCCAAUGCUGCAGCUGUUAGCCUGCUUACUCACAGGCUGCAGCUGUGCCACAGUAGCCUCUAGAGUGAGAAUUUCCAUUUUAAAGACUAGAAAAACACCUUUCUGAUGAUGUAUCUUGAAGGUGGGAUAAAGUUUUUAAAAACUACAGCUGCUUUGUGGUGGAUUUUUGGGGGCUGUUUUUAAAUUUUUUUUAUUUUUUAUUACUGAAUAUUUUAUAGCAGCUGUAUUACUGUAGUACCUGUCUUCAAAUCAUCAUUAUAGUGGAGAGACUUGAUUACACAGACAGAAAUGACCUCUCAGAUGAGGAGGACAACAAGCUAAAAGUUAACAAGGUAGCUACUUGGCUAUCUAAAUACCUUACCUCAGUUUAGCUUCUUUUCUCUGACUGAAAGGGUAAAAAAACAUGCACAUUUUGUGUAGAGUAAAGAUAGAACUGUUGUUUUCUUGAUGAUUUUGUUUGACGAGUGAGGUAAGAGGUAAUGCUAGCUUUGUUGUAUUUAUUACCCUGUAGAUCAGUGACUGUGCUAGCAGUCAGGAACGGUUGACACCACAGGGAUUCCCCAUGAUUCAUAGUUCUGUGGUGUAUUUGUGCAGUGCAUGCUGGGUAUUGUAGUGAGAACAGUAAUGUAUGAAAACGAUAUAAAACCAUGAAUGUCAUGUGGAUAUGGCUGAGGGAUACAGUGCUGUGCUACUCUAGUUUUAGGCCGGAAUGCCCCUUUAAAAGAAGGUUUCAGAUUGUCCAGCCACAAACACAACAACAAACUUGCCGUUGUCUGGAAAUGUUUUUCAGGUAAACAAAAAAGACUCAUGAACAAAACUGUUAGCAAUAACUCUUUUUUUUUAAUGUCCAACAUUUCUCUUGUACGGUUUCUGUGGUAACCAAUUAUGGGCAGCUUUUUUCCCCAGGACCCCCCAGUGUAAAUGGGAUAGCAGACAUCCCAUAAUAAAAACACAUUAACCAGUGAUACA